AGGGUCUUGACAUGUUGCCCAGGCUGGUCUCACACUCUUGGGUUCAAGCAGUCCUCCUGUUUCAGAUGAGAGAACAGUGUAUAACGUCAAUCUCGAGGCCUUUGGGGAGGCCAUUUCUAGUGGCUUAUACAGAGGCAAUCUGAAAAGCCAUUUUGAAAACAAACUUACACAGCCAUCCUGAAGCCUCCGUUUCUGGAACCAUAUAUUGUCAACAUAAGUAUCUCUGAAGACCUUUUUAUAAGGCCAUUCAUUGAAGAACUCUGCAUUAAAGAAGAAUAAUAAGGAUAUUUCCUGUGGCCAAGAAGAGAUUGUUUUGUACAGCCAACUCACAGUAUUAGGAGGCCAUCUUUCCCAGAAGGCUGUGUCCAUCGGCCUUCAACGUGAGGUCUCCAAGGCCAAUUUGCAAAGUAGCAGAUAGGCUGCCUUAGGAGGCAGUUUAUGAAGACCAAACGUGAGGCCACCCUGGGAGGCCAGGUGACAAGGCAGCACACGGGGCCACUGGGGGAACCUGGCUACAGCUGCACACGUGAGGCUACCUUGAGAAGCUGGCUUUGUAAGGCUGAUGGGCGCCCUGUGAAGGGCCGUUUUCUAAGGUCACCCUGGAGCACUAAUUUACAAAGCCUGUAAUCUGCAUUGCAGGGAACGAGUUUAGAGCCCAUUUGAAACCCUCUGGGAGGCCGUGUUCUAAGGCCAUCAGGAGACAAGUUCAUAAAGCCGGUACAUAGGGCCCCAGUCUCCAUGUACCAAGAUCACAUCACUGCACUCUAGCCUGGGUGACAGAGCAACACUCUAUCUCAAAAAACCACUUUGGAAGACUGUUUCAUAGUAAGGCAAUAAAUGGUUUCCUGGGAGGCCUUUUAACUGGCCUUUAUGAGAAGCCAGGAUAUGAGGCUCCUGAAAUCUCUGGGAUGCUCAAGAUGAGACCUCUGUGUUGCUCUAUGAGAUUCAUGUAAGACAUGCAGCAGAUGAGCCAGGAGGUCACCCAGGGAGGUCAGGGAUGAUCCCAUGUGGUGUCUUGUGCUGGCCUAGUGGAGAAGUCCGUGCUGCAACUUGGACUGUGAAACUCUCCAAGAAGGUUGUGAAUGAGGCCAACACAAGCGACCUAUGAGCCUUCUAGGAGGCCAGAGAGAGAACCCAUCCGGGCAGGCUGGGGCGCUCUAGUCCUACCACAGUGUGCGCUUACUGGAAAGGAUGCUCAUUGUGAACCAAGGACUGAGCUCAGCCCUGUGGAUACAAAGUCCAGAGAGCUCACCCUGGAGGCGCAGGACCGACUGAGCUGGCGGUGGUCCAAUGGCUGGAGACACCCACUGCCCCGCAGAGCCCCUGGCCGGAGAAGGCACUCUUUGGGAGGCCCUCAGGGCGCUCCUGCCACACACUAAAGAAGACCUGAAGCUGGACCUCGGGGAGAAAGUGGAGAGGAGCGUGGUGACGCUGUUGCAGCAAGCCACUGAGCUCUUCUACAAGGGCAGGAGGGCCGAGUGUCUGCAGACCAGCGAGGUGAUCCUGGACUACUCCUGGGAGAAGCUCAACACGGGCACGUGGCGGGACGUAGACAAAGACUGGCGCCAGGUCUACGCCAUGGGCUGCCUCCUGAAAGUCCUGUGUCUGUGCCAGGCACCUGGGGACGCCACCACUGUGGCCGCAGCCCUGCGGGUCUGUGACAUGGGCCUGCUGAUGGGGGCGGCCAUCCUUGGGGACAUCCUCCUUAAAGUUGCUGCCAUCCUGCAGGCACACCUCCCUGGAAAAAGGCCUGCCCAUGGCUCCACCCCCGAGCAGCCCUGCACAAAGAAAGCAAGGACGGACCAUGGUUCGAUUCCAGAUGUGAAGUUAGAAAGAACAGUCCCCCGGCUGCACUGCCCAUCCCUCCAGCAUUUCAGGGAGCAGUUUUUGGUUCCAGAGAGGCCUGUGAUCCUGAGAGGUGUGGCUGACCACUGGCCGUGCAUGAAGAAGUGGAGUCUGGAGUAUAUCCAGGAGAUCGCUGGCCGCCGAACCGUCCCUGUGGAAGUUGGCUCCAGGUACACAGACGAGGAAUGGUCCCAGACACUCAUGACGGUCAAUGAGUUCAUCAGCAAAUACAUCGUGAAUCAGCCGAGGGACGUUGGGUACCUUGCUCAGCACCAGCUCUUUGACCAGAUCCCGGAACUGAAGCAGGACAUCAACAUCCCUGACUACUGCAGCCUGGGCAAUGGGGAGGAAGAGGAGAUCACCAUUAAUGCCUGGUUUGGUCCCCAGGGAACCGUCUCCCCGCUCCAUCAGGAUCCCCAGCAUAACUUCCUAGUCCAGGUGAUGGGGAGGAAGUACAUCCGGCUGUAUUCCCCGCAGGAGUCAGGGGCUCUGUACCCUCAUGACACGCACCUUCUCCAUAACACGAGCCAGGUGGACGUGGAGAAUCCUGACCUGGAGAAGUUCCCCAAGUUUGCCAAGGCUCCGUUCGUGUCCUGCAUCCUGUCCCCUGGAGAGGUCCUGUUCAUCCCGGUGAAACACUGGCACUACGUGCGAGCUCUGGAUCUGAGCUUCUCGGUCAGCUUCUGGUGGUCAUAGCCAGGAAGGGAGCUGAAGGGGCCUGAUGUGCAGACAGCAUUCAUCUGUUCACAGAUUUCCUGCUCGGUGGCCCCCCUGCUGCUACAGAGACAAGCAGGACUGAACCUGUGCCCUGAGGACCCUUCACUGCCCAGUGGCAGCCCUGAGGGGUCGAGCUCCAGCACGGCACAGGCACAGAGCGGGGGCUGCCCAGAAAGGGGCACAGUCCAGCCCGGGGGUGCAUGGCAGAGGAAGGUGGGGUGAGCCCAGAAGGACAUUGCAGGCAGGCAGCCUGCACAGGGGUUCCAGCAUCAGAAAGCCUAACGUGCUUGGGAAACGGGCGGGUUCCACGGGCAGGGGUGAAAUGUGGGCUCCGAGGUGGCUAAGGCAGGAGGAUCGCUUAAGCCUUCCAAGUUGAGGCUGCAGUGAGCCGUGAUUGCAACACAGCACUCCAGACUGGGAGACAGAGCAAGACUGUCUUUGAAAAAAAAAUUAUAGUAAAUAAAUAAGGAGGCUGCUUGACUCAAACCCAGCCCCACUGUGUACCUGCUGUGUGACUCGGCCAGGAUCCCUCACUUCACUGUGCCCACGUGGAAGAAGACAGCAAGGCCAGCCCUCACUGCAAGGGCCGAGGAGGCGGUGCCGAGCCCCUGCCGCUGCACGAACCUCAGCCGCUGUCGCUGCUCCCAAUUAGUCCGAUGCUUCUGCCCUUCCUUCCCAUAACCGAACCUGCUGGAUGCCACAGCCUGAAGACUGGAGAUAGAGCUAGGCGCUGCCCCGGUCACAGAGGAGAGUCCGUAGAGGCCUGCUCAGGAGCCCGGACCCCUGCUGGGUGGAGGGAAAUUUCUGUCAUCCUCAUGGCUCAAGGAUAACCUACCUGCCUGCAGAGAAGUGCAGAGGUCUUCUGACUGAAUGACUCUUCCCCCGCAAACUCCCCCAGGAUCAGGCUCCCAAGUGGAGAAACCAGACCAUCAGCAGCCCCUCCCUCCACCUCCAGUCGCCAUCCCCCUCAAACGGGGGAAGGGUUUGAGGCCGGGGGAGAUCGCAGGCUCCAUGCUUUCUGUAAAUGUGUCUUCUUUGUGUGCAUGCAGGUUUGUUUUAUGUUUUGGCCACUAAGACUUUCCCCAGCCCUCUUUUGUUUUUUUUUGUUUUUUAAACUAAAUAGAGAUGGGGGUCUCACUAUGUUGCCCAGGCUGGUCUCGAACUCCUGGGCUUAAGCAAUCCUUCCACCUUGGCCUCCCAAAGUCCUGGGGUUACAGGUAUGAGCCACCAUGACAGCCUUGGCUGCUUUCUCCCUUCCAAGAUAGGCCUGGGGAAAAGAGCCCCGAGGGUUCAGCUGCUGUCCUGCCAGCACCUUGACCCACAGGCUCAGCUGCUUGUCUUUUGACCCAAAAUCAAGAAGCCCCAGGAGAGAUUCUGGGUGGGGGGUGGGGGGUGUGUGUGUAACUACCCUGGGGUAACUAGAGGGGGGAUGGGAAGGUGGUGGCGGGCAGCUGGAAUUCCAGGUCCUGAUGCCCUCCGUACCCAGGCCAAGGAGCUUGACCUUCAUCCUGUAGGUACUGGGGUUCUCGGCCAUUGGGCAGACACCAGCAGAAUCUGCGUUCUUGAAAGCUGGCUGUUGGCAGGAAGAGGCCGUGGCUCUUACUCAUCCUGGGAGUGGGCUGUUGAGGGGCCGUGGGCGCGGCAGAGCAUGACAAACGAGCUAUCUGGAAGUGGAGUUAAUUUGCUCCGUGUCUAGCUGCCUGUAAGGACAUUGUUGAUUCCCUGCCAUUUUAAUCAUUUCCUAAUCUUUCACAGGAAGAAUUUACACCAGAUGUCAACAUCCCUGAAGGUAGCGAGGCAUAAAACAGGGAUGCCCCCAUGCCUAUGUUUGCCAUGAGUGAGGAGCGGUGGCUGCCCAGCCAGAGGGCCCUGACUCUCGGCCCACGUGUAUAACUCGCACCCCUUCCCCAGCUGAAGGACAGGUGGGCUGUGGCCCCAGCUCCCAGUGCCCCUGCCUGUCCCGCUGGCAGGCCCCACAGCCCAUCUGUAGUGUAGCGUGACAAAAAGCCGGGCACGGGAGGCCACGUUCAUUAACAUGUAUCCAGGCCAGGAGGCCUCAAGCAAAUGUCCCUUGUCAGAUGAGAGAAAUGGGAAGGGGACAUGAUCCUGCCCUGUCCCCCGCUUCCUGCUAAGGUUCCAGUGUUCCUAGGAAUCCCAACCCUAGGAUGGCUUCUGAAGCCAGCUUGGAACCCAAGCGCCAAACAGUCACAGACCAAGGAGAGACACAUAUGCGAGCCCCCACCUAAGAUGUGGCCACAGCUGUCAGGACACUGAGACUGCUACUGUGGACACAGGACACAGCUAGCAUGCCUAUCACUGAUCAGAUGAGGCCCCUGACCUCGUGGUGUUCCAAUGCCGUGGCAGGAGGUCCAAUAAGGACGUAGGAAUAAAAUGACGGUGUCAUGCCGUGUAAGUGCCAUGAAGGCAACAGAGCAGGGUGACAGGGUGGAAAAUGGCAGCCAGGGAUGGAUUGGUGGGGCCAGGGUUUUUUGAUACUUGACAUUAGAAGAGCAAGGGCUUGACCAGGAAUUCAGAACUGGCUAUGAGACUUGAGGCCCAGCUCCCAACACCAGGUCCAGCAGCCCUGAGACAGGAAAGCCCCGGCUUGGGGACAGGGGAAGGAGGAGCCAGGACGGCUGGAGCAGAGGGAGGGGAAGGUAGGAAGGAGGGCAGUGGGGCCCCGGGGUCUGGGGACCAGCAGAAGAAUGCACUGGAGGGGGGCUCAGCCAUGGAGGGACGGGUCUGCAGCUGCUGUGCAGACAAGGGCCUAGAAGGGGACCCUGGGAACCAGGCCAGUCCAUAAUUCCCAAGUGACAAGGUCAGGGGCACCAGCAGGGAUGCAUGGCAGUGGGAGAGAAGGCAGGCAGGGUAGUGAAGGCCUUGAAUGCCAGGCCAGCGCCUAGAGCCACUCAUGAGGGUUUCGGGUGAGUGACAGUGUGUGUUGUGGGACAUUCACAUCGAUGUCAUCAUGGAGGGGCUGCAGGCAGGAAAGACAAGCAGCAGGAAGGCUGGUGUUGCCAGUGGCCAAGUGCCCAGAGGCUUCCUGGGUCCCCAGCCAGGACUCAGUCGAGCUCAAAGAACAAACGACCAGAAGCACCGGACAACUGGGACAGCAGGCAGUCCGAGCUGCCCCAGCCCCUCCUGAAGGCCGUAUUUACUGGUUGGCUUUUCGCCUCCUGGCGUCCAUUCUUCCAGAACAGCAUGCUGAUUGCAUUCUGGAGAAUGACCUCUGCCCCAGGGAGCGUGGUCCUGGAAGGUCUGAACGUCAGCUGCUCCCUGGACCGACCAGCAUCUUGAGGGCGUCGGGAGGAGCGCAGACAGGCUGGGGCCAACGCCCUGCUGUGACAGAACUGUCUUGAUGUCCACCACCCCCGAUUCCAAGGUCUGCCUUUUCUAGACUGGUCCUGCCUUCCUGUCAUUUCUGCAAGCCACCUCAUACACUUCUAAGAAACUCCUCUUGCGGUGAGGCCGGCCGGGGCUGGCACUGGCUGGACACACUGGGCUUACCAAUGGGCAUGUCUCUGCCCACUGACCAAGGGCUGGGCUGGGUCCCCGGCUGCCUCUCUGAUGGGAAGGUGGGCUUGGGGGCUCAGGAGUCCAGACCCGGUUCUGGGAGGGUCAGCCUCCCACCAGCAGGGGUCAUUCGUUCACGGAGCCCCAGAUGUCAGCUCCACCCUGGGUUUAUGGAGGUGAACAAAGUGGGAUGUUCCUGGCUGCAGUGGAGGAGGCCAGCCACCAAUUCACUGUCCAAGUUCACUCCCCGCUGCCUCUGAGGCUACUGACGCAAUCACAUCUUCAGUUUGCUUUGGGAAAGGUCCCUGCUCUCAGCCACGUGGCCUGGGAGGGACAGCCCCGCCUCUCUCUGGAGUGGGUCUGAUUUUCUAAUGCUAGCCGAUCAUCCAUCCCUACCUUGCAGGUGUCCGUGUGGGAGAUAUGGGCCAUGAGGGUGCUUGCAAGGGCGUGGGCGCCACUAAGUGAGAGCCAUCCUCUUCCUCCUGAUACUAGGGUAUGAUGUGUGAGGCCCGGAAGCAUGGCAGCUAUUUUGCCACCAUGAAGAAAGCAGCUGGAUUUCCGGGAACCCGCCGCGUAGGCUCCAAGCAUGUGGCCAGCCCAGUGAAAGCACAGCAGACACAGAAAUAUGGCUGCAUGCUGACCUCGUUGGAACUCCUAGACCAAGCCUCUCCUCAGGACACCUGUGUUCAGUCCUUCCUUGUUUCAGCCAGUCUGAGUUGGCUUUUCUGUCAUGACUGAAGCAUCUUGACCGACACUGGGGUUCAAGAGAGGCAUGAAGAUGGGGACUUGACAAGUGUGAGGAUGGAGGAAGUGCAGGGAGCGAGGGGCUGACCAGUGCCAAAGGGUGAGCGGGUGCCAGCCAGGGAACAAACCUGGAUACCAGAAGCAUGGGCAUGCAGGCCCAGGGAGCUCUGCAGAGGCUCCGGAGCUGGUGAAGGAAGCACUGUACCCUGAGCAGUGGGUGGGGGCAGGAGGUGACAGAUGGGCAGGGGCCUCACCAGGGGUCACAGCCUGCUGCCAUAGUGGGGGCGUCCAGGGGUCUUCUGCAGGGAGCACAGAGGCAGGGUGUGGGUCGGGGCUGGCGCUCAGCCUGACACAGCAGUGGUGGGGCCAGAGGGCUGCUGGCAGCUGAGCUGGACAGGAUCUGGGGACAGUGGGAUGCAGAAGGGUCACAGAGAGGCAGCAUGGAGGCCGGCUCUCAGUCCCAGCUGGGGCAGCUGGAUGGCAGGGCUGCCGGGCACCGACGGGGAGCAGAGAGCCCAGGGAUGGAGAGCACGCGUCCUGCCCAGACGCCCAGCCUCAGCCCAUUCAGGCCAGUGGCACCUUGGGCCGGGGGAGUCCAGACUGUGGGGAACUGAGGAGGCCAAGGCUCACACGUCCAGGCUCAAGCCAGCCCAGUCCUGCUGGGACAGCUGGCCACGGCUGGGACUGGAGGCAAGGCCACCCUGAGCAACGACAGUGAGCUCCCCUGGGCCACUGCUGGGGACUCUGGUGCCUUCA